AUGUCCUCCAGUUCCAAGCUUCCCCUCUCCGCGCCACCUAAAAGGUCUCGCUCCUCUCGCGAGCAGGCCUCCUAUGCACCCCGCAGUUCUAACGACAUCUCCUCAGCCGACGCUGAUGACGAAUUUGUCCUUAUUUCCAAAGACGGCCAGCUCGAUUCGGCACGGUCACGACCAUCUCUUGGUGGGGAAUCCGCCCACUACUCGGACAUGGGCGACUCGAACAUGUCGCAUGACCCUCUCCUCUCUUCUUUUAACGACACUUUUGAAAAUGAACGACUAGUCGCAAGCGACAAUCGGCCGUUAACGAUGAACAAGCUCGACCCAGUUCAGCGCGCCGCUCUAGUUCGACAGAGUCGAAAACUCCACAAGAUUCUAGGCGAAACACCUCAAAUCGCAGAGAUCCCCUCUCCAUCUACACGACCCACGGGGAACAAGCUCCAACGCAGAGGAACUCUAGCCGGCUCCGAUAUUCGUCUAGACCGAAAGGCAGCCAUGGCUGCACUCGAGUCGCCUAGUCUCGAGCCACCUCCUGGGUCGAACUGGGGAAAAAUAGCCAGCUCGUUGGUAGCUACCUCUCCUACUCUGGCGACCCCUUCGAAUGUUCCCCUGCUGCGCCUAAACGUCGUCCAAGCAACUGGAUCCAGCGCGCCAAGGCAACGACGACUGUCCGACUCCUCUGUGGCAUCAUCAGCACUGAGCUUAAUGACCAAUCGUCAGACAGACUCUACUCAUACAAACCAAGAGUCUGCACAGACGGUUUAUACGACGAAAGCGGCAAAAUCACCGACCGUGUUAUACGAUGCCUCCAUUUACGAUCUCUCCUCGCCAGUAACGCCACCCUCACGUCAAAGGUCGGAUCACCUACAACGACAACAAAGUCGCGCACGCAUGGCCAAGGUCCAGCAGCUCAUGGGCGAGUCUGUGCCGACCGAGCUCGUCCUUGGUCCCGCAGCGGCCAAAGAUUUACGAAAGCGUCGCCUCUCCAUGGAGUCUCCGACGGCCCCUUCCUUCUCCAAUGUCCAAGCUCUGAAACACAAGCGCUCAAAGUCGUUAUGGCGCAAGGAUUUCAAGGAGACCGGUUUUGACAGCGCUCCAGAGCCAAUGCCUACAUCCAAGACGCACUCCAGUUGCU